AUGGAAUUGGUCAAAGAUCCCCAGACAUAUUUCAAUUACUUAACAUCGGACAAGGUUAAUGACCUGAAUUCAAGGAUCGUGAGCGACGAAAUGGACGAACUCCACCACGAGUACAAUGAAAGUUUCGUGGAACCCAAUGCCAAAAGCAAUGUAGUUAUUGCCGCCUUUACCACAGCAUAUGCCAGUCAUAAACUAUACAAAGUGCUUGACCAGCUUCAGGAGCAAGUACUGUAUUACAACACGGAUUCGGUGAUAUUUGUGAGCAAACCUGGUGAACCAGAACCCCUGUUAGGUCCGUACCUUAGUCAGUUAACCAACAAACUGAAGGAGGGUUACAUUACUACCUUUAUUUCGGACAGACCAAAGAACUACUGUUACAAGAUCAGUACCGGUAAAGUGGAAACUAAAGUACGGGGGUUACCGUGAACUGUUCGGCACAACAAAAGGUAAACUUUGAUGUCAUUCUUUCGCAAAAUGUAAUUCCACUGGAAAAGUCACAGUGGACAUACCAUUGAAGAUAACCCGAAAUGUAAAGGAUAAGAGCAUUGAGACAAAACGCAUGAAAAAGGAUUACAAAAUAGUUUAUGAUAAAUGUUUAAUCGUAAACGAUUACAAAACAUUACCUUAUGGAUAUUAAUAAUAAUUAACAGUUGUUCAUUACAGUUAAAAAUAAAUACUUUUACGAGAUCAUUUGAUCUCAACAAUUCUGAAUGUUCAGUCUGUGAUAAUGGUUCAAAUUUACCCCUGUCUCUUUUUCCAAUGCCUCUACUUGCUUCUCGUUUUUUCUGGUCAAAUCCACCAUCAUUGUCUCUUUGGCAUCCCUUUGGUAAGUAGACUCGUUCCCUUGGGGGGCCCAAGAUAAGGGCAUAUUUAUAACUUACUCUCUAUCCAAAAAACAGUUUUGUUGUUUUUAAUGCGAAAAAUUUAAGUACAUACAUGAACAAAUUAUAGCUUAUAAUUAGUCGAAUUAGCGAAAUUUGACUAUAUUCAUGACUCGCUUCAAUAGAUUGGAUACCUGAUACCGUUGCACUUUUGAGAAAAAAUAAUUUACCACCGGCAUACUAACAUGAAUAUUUAAUCCGCUGUCUGCAAGACGUUUUUAAAAAAUCACAAUAUUUUGUUUGCUUCAAGUGAUCAUGAUAAUUUUUAGUUUAGGUUAAUGCCUAGGCAGGAAAUAAUAAAUAUAAGUUUCAAGAAGUUAGAAUAAAAGCGCGAGAUGAAAGAGAGAUAUAAAAAAGCUAAAAUAUCACUUGCGUAAUUAACCUUUUUUUUUUUAACAUCUUUUCGAACGUGUCUGAAAAUAAUUGCGAAAAAAUUUUAAAAACUGACUACAAUUCCAAAGUCAGCAUUUUUUGUUCAUUUUAUGAAUGACUUCUUCCACACAGAAAGUAUGAAGGAACUCUGUAAUCUUACCAAAUUCGAGUGGUCGGUUUUUACAUGGACUGCCUCUUAAGAUAUAUUUAUUAACAAUGGGAAAGAAACUCUUAUCCAUCAAUGGUAGUGAAAUAAAUGUGGCUGCUUCAGUAUGUCAUGGCGGACCAGGUUUUCCUGUAUUCUCCAGGGCAAUCUAUUCAUAUUUUCAGAACCCAAAUUCUGAUGAUCUAAGUGAAAACAUUAGCAAAGAAGAUGUAGUUGACAUGUAUGUUGUUGAACUCCUUGUAGCUGAUUGGGGUAAUCUUCGCAAGAUUCUACUCGCAUUUCACAAUUCACCACCACCCACCAGUGCUACACAAAGCUCCUUCUCCUCAUGCAGAUGAUUCUCAGACCAAGAAGAAGACAAUCAAACGCAAGAAACCCAACGCAUCAACAGUGGACAAUGAG